AUGGGUGCAAUUGGUGGUGCAGUAUGGCACGGUAUCAAGGGUUUCAGAAACAGCCCCUACGGAGAGCGUCGGAUAGGAGCCCUCACAGCCAUCAAGGCUCGUGCGCCCGUCCUCGGUGGUAAUUUCGGUGUGUGGGGUGGUAUGUUCUCGACAUUCGAUUGUGCGAUCAAGGGAAUCCGUAAGAAGGAGGACCCUUACAAUGCUAUUAUCGCUGGUUUCUUCACUGGUGGUGCUUUGGCUGUUCGUGGUGGUGUCAAGGCUGCCAGAAACUCUGCCAUUAUGUGCGCUGUUUUCCUGGCUGUCAUUGAAGGUGUCGGUAUUGGUUUCCAGAGAAUGAUGGCAGACAACACAAAACUAGAGGUGAGCUUGAUCUAG